UCUUUAUUUUAACUUUUUUUUUAUUCUUUUUUUAAGAAAAACUUUUUUUUCUUCCUUUUCAAGUACGAAAAGUAAAAACAAUAUAUUUUUCUUCGAAUUUCAUUUAUAUUUAUAAAACCCUUCAAACAAUUUUUUUGUUACUUUGCAUUUUCAUUACUGAGAUUCGUUUCACUCGUUGAAAUUCAGGCUGAGAUAUAUAGUAAAGAAGAGUUUUGAUGUCUUCAAGAACAUUGAGGAGAAGACUCCAUCACGGGGAUGUCGAUGGCAAAAGGAAGGAUCAUUUGGAUACGUCCGAGUUAGAUUCUUUGAAUGAGCCCUUGUUGGGGGGUGAUGAUUAUAUUGAGAACAAGAAGAUAUGUACACUUGAAGAUUUGUGGGAUGAUGAGAGGAAGAAGGCGCAAAUUCAUUGGACAUUCUUGUUUUCAAACCUUAUCGCGCAAUGGGCACAGUGGUUAGCGAACGUUGUAAUCGGGUCUGGGUCUCUUCUUGGUCGUCUUUUAUCUCUUCCUUCUAACGCUCUUUACUUGCAAAAUAAUAGGAUGCUGCCUCCACCUCUUAGCCCUGUGCAGGAAGAAAGACUAAGAAACUUACGGCAACGGCUUGAAGUCCCUUUUGAUGGUUCUAAAACAGAGCACCAAGAAGCUCUUUUACUAUUGUGGAGAUUGGCUUAUCCCGACAGGGAGCUUCCUUCACUUAAAUCAGAUGUUUGGAAGGAAAUGGGAUGGCAAGGUUCAGACCCAUCAACAGAUUUUAGGGGUGGAGGAUUUAUAUCAUUAGAGAACCUCAUCUUUUUCGCGCAGAAGUAUCCAGCUUCAUUCCAGCGAUUGUUGCUUAAACAAGAUGGAGUCAGAGCAGAGUGGGAAUAUCCAUUUGCAGUAGCUGGAAUCAAUAUUUCAUUUAUGUUGGUGCAGAUGCUGGAUCUUCAAUCAGUUCAUCCAUCUUCUUUGCCAGGAAUCUAUUUUCUACGGCUGCUUGAGGAGGAUGAAAUGGCAUUUGAUAUCCUUUUCUGCAUCGCCUUUCAAAUGAUGGAUGCUCAGUGGCUAGCAAAGCGUGCUACAUAUAUGGAAUUUAACGAUGUUUUGAAGUCAACAAGAACGCAGUUAGAGCGGGAGCUUGCUCUUGAAGACAUCUCCAGUAUAAAAGAUUUACCUGCUCACAACAUGUUGUGAUGAUUAGUGAUCAUUUUAGUUCAACAUUUCUCUCUUCCAUUUUGUAGCUAGAGAAUGUUACAUUAAAUGUAUCUAAAGUAUUUGUGAUUCUAUCUCUGAAUAGAAACAUGAAAAUCAUAAGUGAAAGUGGGAUCCCAAAUAUCAGAUUAAUCUUUCUGUUGAUUUCCA